CGCACGCACGGAUAGCCGGAGCGCCCGGUGCGCGGUGCGAAGAGUGUGAGACAAGUGUAAGAAGAAAGAGGGGAAGCAGAAGAAGAGAGGGAAGGAGAGCAGGGGACCGUGCCGCCCUCUGUACUCAUGGACCAUAAGGAUAUUUAACCAUUUGCCCGGGGAGCGCACAGACACCGCAGUCCAUGCCUCUGCCUUGCCAGGUCAUUGAUGGGAAAUCAACUGGAUCGGAUCACCCACCUCAACUACAGCGAGCUGCCCACGGGGGAUCCGUCCGGGCUGGAGAAGGACGAGCUUCGGGUCGGCGUCGCCUACUUCUUCUCUGACGAAGAGGAGGAGGUGGACGACCGCACUCCGUCCGACUGCGGCUUCACCAAGGACCACAGCCCGGCCGAGGAGGGACCCUUCUCGGUCAGCGAGGUGGAGUACUCCGCCUUCUGCUCCCAGGAAUGCAUCUUCUCCAAGCUGCGGGAGAACGAGGACUUGAAUGUGUACUCGGCCAAAACUUUGCUGACUAUGUGCAAACCGGGGGACCUGCUGGAGCUGGUGGCCACGGCGCAAGCCCCCCACUGGGCCAUCUACGAGCAGGACGACCAGGUGAUUCAUCUGCACAAGGGCGAGAUCCGCAAGGACAGCCUGCUUGAGAUCAGCAGCGGCCGCCACGGGAGGAUAGUGAACAAUCGGUACCGGUACCGACCGCUUCCUCCUGACCUAGUGAUGCAGAACGCAGCGGGACACCUGGGCCUGAGCAGCGAGGAGAUAUGCUGGACCAACUCGGAAAGUUUCGCAGCUUGGUGCCGCUUUGGGAAACGGGAGUUCAAAGCUGGGGGAGAGGCGCACUCGGCGGAGCAGCAGUAUUUCCUCAAAGUGCAUCUGUCCGGCAGCGGGGUGCACACUCUGGUCUUUCGCAGCCUGGAGGACAUGAUCCGGGAGAGGAGGCGAGUGGACGCCAGUGGAAUUCUCAAAGAGCUGUCUUUGGUUAACGGGGGCAAGGAGUGAUCAGGGAUUCCGUUUGAUAUCCUCUCCUCUACCCCCCUCUCCUCCUCUCCUCCUCUCUCUCUCUCCCCCUCUCCCCCGCUGCGCACGGACGCACAGUUUUGCGCACAGGCAAACGUACUCGCACACACAAGCACACACACAUGCAAAAGGACCUGUUGGUUUUGGACUGUUUGUUACGGAUGGACCCCCGAGCUGCUGCUGCUGCUGCUGCUGCUGCUGCGUCUGGACCACAGGCGCUCUGUGGAAAUGCCAUCAAAAUUGCAAGAGUGUUGAAAACUGAGAGAGCGCGGCCAUACAAACAGACAACGCCCCUUCAGAUUCAGAAUUCGUGCUGAGUGGGACACACGAUUUCUGCCCCCCUCCCAAACCCCCCAUUCCCCCCUCCUCCCCUUUGAACAGUGAAAUCACCUUUACAGACCGCACAUAGCGCACACGGCUCGGUUUGGUUUUCUCUUUAAUUUCUCGGGAUAAUGGAAGUGGCCCCCUCUCGGCGUAUAGGGCGCCUGCUGCGGCAGACCAGACGGUGAGAGAUGGGGGGGUGAAAAAAGAUGAAAGAUAGGAUCUGGGAUGGCUCUCGAAAAGUCUCCCUUCUAUUUUUUUACUGUUAGCUUUAAGAACCGGGACUGACCAUAACACAGAUCCACUAAUUCAUAGACCUCUGACAGUCCCCAGAUGGCUACGCAGUUGCCUAAACAAAGCAUUUGGCUUGUUCAAGCUCCCCCUCCUCUUUUCUUUUUGCCAUAACAAGAGUAUUGCCAUUUCCACAAUGCUGUCAUCCUGCUCCACAGCACUGGAUGUAUGUGUAAAUUGUAUUCAUAUAUAUUGAUUUGAACUUGAGUCCCUUAUUUUUGUAUUUAAGUUUAGUGGAUUUAACCCUGAUCUCUCUCUCUUUUGUUGUUUUUUUUUUUGGUUUAAAAAUAAAUGGAGGUUGAAAUAUGAAAAGAAGCUCUCGGGUCUGGCAGGUGUUGUUUUGGUCACACAUAAUUACGUACACACAAACAGCAUGAUCUCUCACUUUCACUCACACACACUCACACACACAUGCACAAAGAGGGUUAUAUGAAUUAUUUAUGUGCCAGUGCCUCCUGACCUGCCUGGAGCCAAAUGGGCUUCAUAUAUCUGCGCAGUAUUUGGAGGCAGUAAAAUGGUCAUCUGCAUCAAACCCAUAAAGGCUUUAUGAAAAAAUCCAUAUGGGAUGUGGGAGCUACAGUACAGAGGUGAUGGGGACAUGCAGUGUUUGGCCACAGGCUGUUUUUUUCGUCCAUGUGUGGGUUUUAACGUCCAUGAGCAUGUUGAUCUCCAGAUUACUCCUUGUGUUUAAUUACCACACAUGCGGGCUUCUUACAUCACAUUCCACCGUGGACAAGAUGUCCUCUGUAUUAUCACGAGGAAACACGCUGUGUUUGUUGUGGCACCUGUGUCCGUCUGCAGUGGCGUUAUCUCUGGAUUGAUGUUUUGACUGCUUUGCUCUGAAAGUCAGACGGUGCCUUCCCGUCUCUCUCGGGGGAUCUGCU